CCUGAAUGCAGCCUAGGAAGAGCUCGAAACAAGUUUAAGCUGCUAGCUGUGCUUACAGGCUGCAAGGUGUUUUAUGUGGGCUUCUGUUUGCCAGUAAACUGCCUCCCACUUUUACCAAGAUCCAGAAAUCUUCAGUGUGUUCCCUGAAAUUUUGGCUUAACCUAUAAGCAUGUCUGAAAUGAAUUGUAUGACACCCAAUGAAACAUAGGCCAUCAGUUCUAGUGCACACAAAUACAAUUUGGAGCCCAUUUACUGAAAUUCAGACCCCUGUGCAACCCUGGCCCUCUCAGACUUGACAAGGUAAAUCAGCUCCUCCCAAAUUCCUCCUGUGUCCCCAUCUUGCAUUCCCUUUCACACCUUUCAUGAAACCCAGCAAGAGCCAGCCCCCAAUGGAGGUGGUUUCUGUGGCAACUCUAGAAGUCACCCUUCGAGUGAUCCAAGAACUGUACAUCUUCCCACUGGGAGGAGCAGGCACUUUAAGGAAAGCCAUGAUGGACAGUCACAAACUGCCGUGUGUUUCGGUAGCUCCCGUGGCUGCCUGGGAGAUGCAUUUGUCACCUAGCAACGACAUAAGGUGAUGAGGAAAUAACAGCAUGUUAAUCUAAUGGCCAUGAGUUAACAUCUAUCAGGGAGCAAGUCCUCCCAUGUCCACCAAUGAGGUGAAUAUAAUUGAGGGGGAAAGAGAUACCAAACUUUUCACCCAGCACGAUGUGCAGAGAAGUUUUAAAAGCACCAAGCCACAGAGGGUAAAACACUGCUGCAAACAAAGCUCUUCCAAUGUUUCUCACACUAAUGAUGCGGAGACCUGGAGCUUUGUGUUUUUCUUCAUGGAUCACAGCAGGAACUGGAGUGCUGUGUCUAACCUUCUUCCAGUCCGCAGACUCUGGGUCGGACUGUGAGCUGGGCGAGAGGUGCAUUGGACAGAACGAUGGAAACUUUAGCAGCUGGUAUGUGUGGUUCCUGGUGCUGUUUCUGCUGGCCAUGCUCCUGUCCUGCGGGAUCUGCUGCUGCCUGCAGUGCUGGCUGAAGCGGCGGAGCUGCCUGCCCCGACGCACCGUGGCUGUCUUUGCCCUCAGCAGCUCAGAUGCCUUUUGUGCUACUGAAGCACCUCCGUGCCCAUUCUCUGGAUCCCUGAGUCCCUGCAUGACUGCAGAGAUUUCUUCUUCUCCUGCCCCGUGCUUCAGCCUCGGGGGAACCGAAUUGCCUCCGUCUUAUGAGGAUGUUGUGAAGGAAAACAAGGUCUAGACACCACAUGUCGGCUUUCAGUGAUCCUGCUUGAUUCAUCAGAGAUCUUCCAUCGUGCCAAAGGAGUGUGAGAUCAAAUCAGCCUUUUCCACAGGUUGGCCAAGACUGAAAAGCAGCACACAUUUCAUCUGAACCUGAAAGAUGAGACUAAAUGCAACAGAAUAAAUGCCAAAAGUAUGUGUUGAAUCUGUCACAGGAGUUCUUCAGCUUGACAUUUUGAUAACUCUGGAUUUCAAGAAGCUUCCUCAAAGGCCUGUGUGCAUUUGGGGAUUCUGGCUCAGCCUCUAGAUUUAUCUCUCUAAGGCUGCUUCAGCUGGUGCAACCCCAUGUAUUUUAGGACCAAAUGUUGAUAAAUGACUUGGUAGUUACUUCUCAAGCUUGGGCUGCCUCCUUCACUCGGCACUGUGCCAAGAAACACCCUCUGGCAAAGUCAUGCUGUUCUAAUACAUUGCAAUGCAAUCAUGCCACUCUGUGAUGAAGGAUCGUUUGCCACAUUUAAAAUAUUUAGCACAGCAUAUCAGAUUUGUCUAGUGCAAAAGGCAGCAAAUUUAUGGCCAGGGAAGAGAAAACAAGAGACAGGAAUUAUGUAGGAGUAGCAGUGGCAGGAGCUGGUUACAGAGUCUUAAAAAAAGUGAGUUUGCUCAUUUGAGCUUUGCUUAAUUUCAUGAUGACUGUUCUCAGCUACUCUUGCCCUAGAAUUGCAGACCAGAAGGCUUUGAAUGGCCCAGGACCCACGUGGAAGUUCCCCACAGACAUGAAUUAGGGGCUUAGAUAUUUAGUACUUAACUACAGAAAUCUAUUAGGAUAAAGAAUACCUUUUUUUUUUUUGAGGUGAUCACUGCAGACAGGAUGGAAAAAUACUUUAAGAAGCCAUCCAGACUGCCUUGUGCCCAAGCAGGAUCAGCUCAACCAAAGUCAUUCCUUGGAGAUAUUAGCCUAACUAGUUCUCAAAUUACUGAAGAAAGAUGCUGAGUUUUCCCCUUAGCUGGAUUCCAGAUGAAAGCAGAGAUUCCCCUUUUUUUGUCAUGGGCAGGUCACUGAAGGCUGAAUUCAGCCUGCCUGACCACUCUGCCUCUGCUCUCUCAGUGCAAAGGGCUGGGGUG